AUGGCCUCAGCACCACCAUCCACGAACAUAGAAGAGGAAGUCUUGUGCCCCAUCUGCAAGGACCUCCUGACAGACCCCGUGACCUUGAACUGUGGCCACAACUUCUGCCGAGGCUGCAUCACUAAGCACUGUGAGGUACGGGAUGAAAUUGAGAUGGGGGACUGCAAGUGUCCCGUCUGCAUGGACAAGAUCCGGAACAGGAAUUUCUGCCCCAAUUGGCAGCUGGCAAAUGUAGUAGAAAGUAUCAAACACCAGAGAAAGGAACUAUGUGAGAAGCACAAAGAAAAACUCCACCUGUUCUGCAAAGAAGAUGAAGAAUUGGUUUGUUUGGUUUGUCAGCAAUCCCCAGAACAUAAAUCACACACUGUGGUCGUCAAGGAAGAGGCUGCCCAGGAAUACAAGGUAGGAAGUCAUUUUGACACUUGCUAACACAAUCCUUUCAUAUCUGCAUGUGUGCAUGUGCAAAAUAUGCUUUCAACAUAGCUGCAAUGCAAACAGAAAUUGCUAAUCAAAAAUUGGGCCCCAUCUCUGCUAUUCAAAACAAAACAAAAACUUUGUUCUGCUUCAAAAGGAACUUUUAAAAAUGUGUUUUUGUUUAUAAGAGCACUAUUUUUUUGCACUUGUGGAAAAGGGCUCCUGUGUAGCAGCAGUAGUAGUAGUAAUACUAUGUAGUUUUUUAAAGUUGAUAUUUUAUUUAAAAAUUGUCAAAUAUAAAGCAGUAAAUUGAUACAAAAAGAAAAAAGAAAAGAAAACACAACUGUGUACAGGGGGAAAACAUUAUAUAAAUAUAUACAAAAAUACCCUAACCUGUAUGUAUGUACGCCAAGAAACCCCCAGAACUGCUAUUAUAUUAUUAUUAUUAUUAUUAUUAUUAUUAUUAUAUUAAAUUUGUAUACCGCCCUUCAUCCGUAAAUCUCAUGGCAGUUCACAACUUCAAAUUACAAUAUAAAACCCACAAAAUAUCAAAACAAGAACAACAAACAAAUAAUUCCCCCUUACACAACACAUUUAAAAAGGCAUGUCAAUCAGCCCAAGGCCUGCUUGAAGAGGAACCUUUCCACCUGGAACCUGCAGAGAGCCUUCCACAGACGGGGAGCCACUGCAGAAAAGGCCCGUUCUCAUGCUUCCACCCUCCAGACCUCUCGAGGAGGAGGCUCAUUAGGAAGGACCCAAGAAGAUGAUCUCAGGGUCUGGGUAGGUUCAUAUGGAAAGAGGCAGUCCUUGAGGUAUUGCAGUCCUGAGCCAUGUAAGACUUUAUAGGUCAAAACCAGCACUUUGAAUUGGGCCCGGAAACUACCGUAUUUUUCGCUCUAUAAGAUGCACCAGACCAUAAUACGCACCUAGUUUUUAGAGAAGGAAAACAAGAAAAAAAAAUAUUCUGAAUCUCAGAAGCCAGAACAGCAAGAGGAAUCGCUGCACAGUGAAAGCAGCAAUCCCUCUUGCUGUUCUGGCUUCUGUGAUAGCUGCACAGCCUGCAUUCGCUCCAUAAGAUGUACACACAUUUCCCCAUACAUUUUAGGAGGGAAAAAGUGAGUCUUAUAGAGCAAAAAAUACGGUAAUUGGUAGUCAGUGCAGUCAGGCCAGGAUUAGCGUAAUAUGUUCAAAACGUCAUGCCAUGGUGAGUAACCUGGCUGCCCUGCACUAGCUGAAGUUUCUGAAUCAUCUUCAGAGACAGCCUUACAUAUAAUGCAUUGCAGUAAUCUAACCUUGAGGUUACCAGAGCAUAGACAACAGUAGUUAGGCUGUCCCUGUCCAGAGAAGGGUGCAGCUGGGCCUCCAGCCGAAGCUGAUGGAAGGCACUCUGGGCCACUGAGGCCACCUGAGCAUCAAGUGACAAGCAAAGGAUCCAGGAGUACCCCCAAUCUACGUAUCCACUCCUUCAGAGGAAGUGAAGCCCCCUCAAGAGCAGGGCUCUGCCAUGUGCACCUUACCCGGCCUGCUCCACCUCCCACACCACACCUCCCCCACCCGGCUCUCUUCUGCUCCCUCUUUCAAGGCACAUCCCAAAGAGAUCCCUGGUUUACACACAAUCAAGUUAAAAACAGUUCAAAAUAAUAACAAUAAUUAUUAUUAACAGUUUAUAAUGUUUUAGAUAGUUGGGGCCAAAACAACAAGACCGAAAGCAGCAUAGCCCACUGCAAAAGUCUCCUUGGCCAGAUGAAAUUGUUGGACAUUUUCCAUAUCUGCUAUUGGGUCCUCUGAGCACAGAUUCACACGAAGUGGCAACCAACCUUGCAGGAUUCAACAGGAUUUAUGCAUAUGCAGAACAAAAGGUAGAGCGAUAAGUUCGCAAUCUGCACACCCCCGUCAGGGCGCGCCCACUUAAGACAUUUGCAGAAUACAAUACCACCUGAUUUCUGGGAAAUCGAAUGUUAUAGCAACUUCCUAUGUCCUUCCAUGGGCUUGCCCCCCCCCUUCCUGCAAUGGCCCCACCAGCCUCACCACGUCACGGCCACGUGCAUUUCUGAGUCUGCUUAUCUCUUUACAACCUUGAAUUAUAAACAUUUGAGCCUGUUCCAUCAAUGCCAGCCUUGUUCUCCUGACAGACCUCUCCUUUCUCAGAAAGGCCGUUUUUUGGGGGGGGUUCUUAUGGCCCUACAAAAUAGGCUUGUCUGCCAGGCAGGGGGCAGGUCCUGCAAUACUCAGCUGCGACAGUCCCAAAAAUCUAAUAGUAGGGCCCCAGGCACUAGAAGUAAGCAUAAUAUUAAAGACAACCUCUGAUCCCUAAUCAAAACUGAGACUUGGUUUUCUCUUUAGACACUCAUCUCUGGUCACCUGGAGCAUCUGAGGAAAGAGAGAGAGAAUAUUCAGACUUAUAAAGCAAACAUUGGAAAGGAAAGCAAUAGACUGCUUGUAAGUAUCACCAUUACUACAAUGGGGAGAUGUACUGGAAGGACCAAGUCAGGAUGUAGAAAUCCUGCAACAGAGAAGUUCUGACUGAUUUGCCAUAACAUUUUACAUUAAGGUCUUUCUAAAGACGCUUUCCUCCUCUUUUCCUUCUUCUUCCUGCUUCUUGCAGAAAUCAACAGAAACUGAGAGGCAAAAGACCAUGCAGAAGUUCAGACAACUGCACCAGUUUCUGGAAGAACAAGAAAAGCGUCUGCUGAAUGAAAUAGAAGAGAUGGAGAAGGAGAUCACAAGAAGAAGGGAGGAGCAGCUGGCUAGACUCUCAGCGGAACUCUCCUCUCUUGAAAGGAGCAUCCGGGAAAUGGAGGAGAAGAGUCAGCAGCCAGCGAGUGAACUCCUGCAGGUGAGACUGUGGCAGGAACAGCCCAAAGUUCCUCUCUCAGGGUUUAACCACACUUACCUUUUGCUGUACUCUUUCCAGGCACAGGGCAGUGCUUUCCCAGUCCCUACCCAAACUCUCCCCACCCCAGUUGUCCCCCCCCCCCAAUUCCUCUUUAAAGCUGAAGCAGGACCAAUGACAAAUUGGGUUUUCUGUGCAUUGUUGUUUGGCCCGAUUCAGCUUUAAAGAGCAGGUUUUGACAGGGAAAGCUCCGUAGGAGGAAAAGGGGGAAUUCUCGGACAAGGAGCUUUACAGGGUGGACCAUGUUGGACCAAAGGGGGAGGGACAGAGAAGGAGGUCAGGUAGAAUGGACUGCUGUCAAAUGGGGCACAGAGUUGGGGCUUGCAUCUCUGAGCAGGAAUGUAGCGAAGGGAGGGCAAGGGGGGGGGGCUUAGCCCCAGGCCAGGCACCCCCUUGCAGGGAUCCCACCCUGCCUGCUGCCAGGGGUCUUGCCACCACACCCCUGGCCCCCUCACGGAAUGGCAGUGUUGGGGGGAAUCACUAGCCAAGGGCUGCAUCAGAAACCUGAUAUGAAAAGGUGGGGUAAGUUAGAAUCAUCUUGGUUAGAUGAUCCUUGAGAGCCAGUGUGGUGUAGUGGUUAAGAGCGGUAGUCUCGUAAUCUGGUGAACCGGGUUCGUGUCUUCGCUCCUCCACAUGCAGCUGCUGGGUGACCUUGGGCUAGUCACACUUCUUUGAAGUCUCUCAGUCCCACUCACCUCACAGAGUGUUUGUUGUGGGGGAGGAAGGGAAAGGAGAAUGUUAGCCGCUUUGAGACUCCUUAGGGUAGUGAUAAAGCGGGAUAUCAAAUCCAAACUCUUCUUCUGCUGCUGCUUCUCUUCCUUGGAAUCCCUUCCAACACUACAAUUCUAUGAUUCUGUGAAAAGCAAAGAUCAGUGCAAUAAGCAUGACAAUACUGCCAAGGUUUUUGGUUUUGUUUCUUCCUCUUCCUCUCUUGGUUGACUUGAGGGAAUUGAAAAGCUGACAGAAAAGUAUGGAUAAUUUUAUUUGGCAAAGUUAGUGUCCCAGAGUGGAUAAUGUUAAUAUGCAAACUGUCCCACAGAAGAGAGGAUUGGCAGUACCUGAUUUAGCUAAGUAGUGUGAAGCUGCUUGGCUAACUUUGUUAAAGUUAAAGAUAUCUCAGAAAAAGGAACUCUUUCAGUUGGAAGAGUUAUCCAUAAAUUCCCCACUGGCCAAGAUACUAGGGAUACCUAGGAAAGACAGAGAUCUCAUGAAUUUUCAUCAGAACAUUUAAAAUAAAAAAGAACUGAAGACGGGAAAAUAAUGGAGAGAAACCAGAAUUGUUAGAUGCAUCCAUACCUAUCCAAAACUUUGGCAUAUGCUAGGCAGAUUCACCCCAGAGGGCAUCCAUUGCAGGGGCUGAUGUGUCUUCAUUACAGGGCCUGUGCUGGGCAGUGAAUUCCAUUCUGAGUUUCCUCUUUUCCCUUCUAGGAUGUUAAAAGAACUUUGCAGAGGUAAGGGGAUCUUGCUCAUCUCCAGUAAUAUCACUCCCUGAAACUUCACAGGUAAACUGGGAAAGAAUAUAAUAUAAUGUGGAAUAGAAAUGAAAUGAAUGAUAAUGAUAAUGAUAAUGAUAAUGGUAAUGGUAAUGAUAAUGAUAAUGAUAAUGAUAAUGAUAAUGAUAAUGAUAAUGAUAAUGAUAAUACUUCACAGUAUCUAGAUUUGCCACACCAUCAGCUAACUCUGUGAUGGUUGCCCCACUCAGUCCCACACAGACACCUGUCCCAUGGACCAUCUGUGGAACUAUUCCACAGAGUCCCACACAGUUACCUGUCACCUGUGGGGCUAAAAACGGAGAGCAGGAGUUGGGGUGUUUGCCAUGCUCCUGAACAUAUCCCAGCUGCAAUAUGUAACUUCAAGGUGUCACUUGGGUUCAUGAUAAGAGGAUGAUGUUGUGUAGUCGUGUCCGACUCUUCGUGACCCCAUGGACCAGAGCACGUCAGGAUAGAAGGAACAUUUCACUUUUGUCAACAACAGCAACCAUCUUUAUCUCCUCCACAUCUUUCUUGCAUGUUGUAGGCAAUGCAGCUGAAAUGGAAAAACUCUGAGCUGGAUGGUAUCACUUGAUUUCAUUUUAUUUCUCCAUUUGAGUAGAUGUAAGUGAAGAGAUUCAGACAAAGGCCUCUUCUUUGGCCCUCAGUUGUCUGGCUUUGGAGUCCCUAGUAAGGAGAAAUCUUCCCCCUUCUGUGACUCCAUUCCUCUGUCUCUCCCUCUUGGCUUUCUACAGUUUCUUUCCUCCUCUCAAUUCCUUUCUUUUGCUGCACUCAGAAAUUCUGGAUUUGAAAUGGGUUAACAUGUAUUUUUCCCAUCAGGUGUGAGCGAAGCGGGACAUCUGAAAAUCCACUGACUUUCCCACUAGAAUUGAAGAGGAAGAUCUCAAAAUUCAGGGCUGCAAUUCCCAUUCUAUAUCUUGGGGAGGAAAAAAUAAAAGGUAAUGAAGAAUGGCUGCAGGGAUUUUAUUAGUCCAAAAUAUGUUAUGAAGUAAAACUUUUGUUGCGAAAUUAUUUGAGUUAUAAAAGUCUAGCUAUCAAACUUUAUAUCUCUUUGCUUCUUCAGAUGAUCUGUUACCCAGACUGCUUCAGAAAGGUAAUUUUUGGGUGAAGGAGCAAAUUCAAGGUGAGGUUGGGGACUGGUAUUUCAUGAUUGGACUGUUAAUUGGCACUUUUGCUCUAUUCCAAAACCCCAUAUUUAUUUGAAUGUAAUGUGCACUGUUGAGGACACGGAUGGCCCUGUGGGUUAAACCAUAGAGCCUAGGACUUGCCGAUCAGAAGGUCGGCUGUUCGAAUCCACGUGACGGGGUGAGCUCCCGUUGCUCAGUCCCUGUUCCUGCCAACCUAGCAGUUCGAAAGCACAUCAAAAUUCAAGUAGAUAAAUAGGUACCGCUCCAGCGGGAAGGUAUAUGGUGUUUCCGUGCGCUGCUCUGGUUCACCAGAAGCAGCUUGGUCAUGCUGGCCACAUGACCCGGAAGCUGUCUGCGGACAAACGCCAGCUCCCUCCGCCAAUAAAGCGAGAUGAGCGCCGCAACCCCAGAGUCGGUCACGACUGGACCUAAUGGUCAGGGGUCCCUUAUCUUUUUAACUCAUGUUUACAUUACCAUGAUUAAAAUCAAGCAUUAGCAGGAUAUCAAAUUACAUAGGAAACACUCUCCAAAAUAAAAUAAGAAUGUAUUCAGUUCCUCUUUAUGAUUUUCUUGCAGUCACACCUUUGGGUUCUGUGCCUAUGCAGAGCCGAGGGUUGCUAUAGAAAGGACCAUUUUUGGUGGGGACUCCAUCUUGCAGGCAAAUAUACUAUAAACACAGCAAAAUUAUAUAUUUGUUUUUCAAUAUUAUUAUUAUUAUUAUUAUUAUUAAUUUAUAUCCCACCUUUUCCCCUGACUUAUGGAUAAAAAUAAGAACAGCUAAAAACAUAGGGUGCAAAGCAAUAACGUAAAGCAAUCUUAUUUUCAUUUUUUACCAAUUAAAACUAUUAUAUUUAAAUUUUGUCCUUGAUGUGCUAUAAAGUGCUGGAUUCAGUCUCUGCACAGCUAGUUUCAAAAUGCUUAGAUAUAAAAAUGCAGGUGUAUUUUCAGGAAGGGAAUUAGUUAGGUUGCCUACAUUGAUUUAUUUUCUCUAAUUUCAGUGUAUGCCUCUGAAAGCCCCAAAUGGGCAAUUCACACAGAGAGAUUCAAAGGAGGACCAUUUUUCUCCUCUUGCCCCCAUCCAUCCCUCCUCCCCUUCACUGCAUAGAAGAGCUGAGGGAAUAUUUUCUGGGCUAUUUUGCUUCUUGAAGGGUGACUGAAUUGACAGGAGGGACACGAUAAAAUAUGUUGAGUAAAAUGGGACAAAAAUAAGUAUUUAAAAAGCCACAGGGAAGGUAUUUAUUCUGAGGUUAGUCUGGGAGAAAGAGGGGAGGGUCCCAAUCCUGAAUGGAACGUGAGGAAUCCCCAUUUAUCUGAGAGGGAAUCUACUUCUUCUUGGUGUUAUUUUGGAUCAGGAUGUCCGUCUCUGACUCUUGGCUGAUUCUGUCUCUCUUCUCUUUUCCUCAUCUUCUCUCAACAGCAAAUGUCACUCUGGAUCCAGACACAGCCCAUCCCUGCCUCAUCCUGUCCGAGGAUCAGAAAAGCGUGAGAAGGGAAUACAAAGAUGAAGACCUGCCUGACAGUCCUGAGAGAUUCAGUGACCGGCCUUGUGUGUUGGGAUGUGAGGGAUUCACUGCAGGCAGCCAUUUCUGGGAAGUCACUGUGGUAAAUGAGGGAGAGUGGUGGGCUGUGGGGGUCGCUAGGAAGUCUGUGGAGAGAAAGGGCUUCUUCUCUUUAAGCCCUGAGGAAGGAAUCUGGGUUGUGGGGAAGUGGAGGUAUAAGUACAAAGCCUUAGACUCCUGUCAUUCCUCUCUAUCACUGAAUGAGGAGCCCAAGAGGAUCCGAGUGACUCUGGAAUAUGAAGAAGAACGUGUGUCUUUCUUCAAUGCUACCUCAGGAACCAAACUCUACACUUUCUCAGGAGCCUCAUUCUCCGGAGAGACCCUCGUCCCCUUCUUUUUUCUAUUUGGAGAUGAAACCCACUUAAGUGUUAUGUACUGA